AUGAGUCCAAACCUUCAACACAUAGACCUCAGCUUCAAUAGAUUGGAGAACGUUGGUUCCUUUGUAUUCCUAGAAUUAAAGACAUUGAAGACAUUAUUACUAUCCCACAACCAAAUCAAAGUCCUUGAUGGAAACAGUUUUAGAGUAAACCAAUACGAUGUAUAUAAUUUUAUCACAGUAGAGGUGGUGGACCUGGAACAUAACAACCUUUCAACCAUCCCAGAGAAUGUAUUCCUACAACUUGAUGUCAAAACACUAAAGGUUGAUAAAUUUUCUUUGUGCUGUGCAGUAAGAGGGAAACAGACAAAUUGCACACCACCGCCCGAUGCCUUCUCCUCGUGCAAGGACUUGUUGAGCGACACAACUUUACAAGUAUGCAUCUGGAUUUUAGGCUUCAUGGCCCUCCUCGGCAACCUGGCAGUUCUCAUCUUGAGGCUGAUCCACCACAGAGAUGGCGGCGUCGAGAAUGUCCUCAUCUCCAAUCUACAUAUCGCCGACUUCCUCAUGGGUGUUUACCUUCUGAUCAUUGCCUCAGUCGACGUCCAUCACAGAGGGACAUUUGGCUUUUAUACCGAUCAAUGGAGCGAAAGCCCUCUUUGCUAUUUCGCCGGCAUUCUCAGUUUCAUAUCGAGCGAGAUCUCCGUUUUUCUUUUGGUGUUGAUCACGGCCGAUCGAGUCAUCGCUGUGGUUUUUCCCUUUCAAUUCGAGAAAAUCAGUCUGCGGCAAGUUGCUAUCAUUCUCCCUGUAGCAUGGGCCAUUGUUGUCACUACAGCUCUAAUACCUUUAUGGAACGAGGGCAUAUUCUCCAAAUUCUAUGGCAACAAUGGCGUCUGUCUGCCAUUCACUCUUGGGAAGGGGAGUAAUACAUACGGACUUGUCUUUCUCACAUUCAAUCUCGUCGCUUUUAUCUUAAUCGCAAUCGGCUACUCUGCGAUUUACCGCGUCAUUAUACAGUCAAGGAAACGCUGUCAGCAGUUUGGUAUCAAUAAAAACACUGCGAGAGAAAUGGUUUUCGUCAGGAAAAUGGUUCUGGUCAUUGUCUCCGACUUCCUAUGUUGGGUACCGAUCAUCUUAAUGAAGUACUUAUCUGUUGGAAAUGUUGUUACUUUUCCACAACAACUCGCAGCCUGGACGGCCGUCUUCGUUUUACCUCUGAAUUCGUCAAUUAAUCCGUUUCUCUACACGAUAGCCGCCUUUCGAACUAGACAGGUCGCAAAAAUCGCCAAGAAAAAAAGGAAGGCAUACACUGCGGAAGCAAUCAAUGUGGCAGUAUCAAAUGUUGAGCUUGCCAAGGUGGCAAGGGAUGGCGUCAACUACAACCCUAACGGGCUGAGUGAGGCGGAUUCAAAUGAGACCACAACGUCUGCUGAUCACAAGGAAGGGAUAUUCGUUAUUGCUUCCACAUUGUAA